GCCACCUCAUCCUCAGUAUCUAGCUAUACCGGUCUGGCUACCAGAGCCGCAGCCUGAAUGACAGUAGAAGUCUAGAGUAGCCUAUUAGUCUACUCACGCAGUCUCGGGCAGAGACGAGUCUUACAUAUUGGGCCACAAAGCAAGUCAUGUCAGCAACAAAAUCGCAAGAGGCAGCACCUGGCCUUCAAAUAUGCAGGCUCAUGCGCCCGGAUGAUGCCAACAUUGUGGGCAACGUCCAUGGUGGCACCAUCCUAAAAAUGAUUGAAGAGGCCGGCUGUAUCAUUGGCACACGCCACUGCAACACCCAGCCAGGAGAUCGCUGUGUUGCUGCUCUGGCCAGGGUGGAGCGCACAGACUUUCUGUACCCCAUGUUCAUCGGUGAGGUGGCUCACGUCAGCGCUGAGAUCACCUACGCCUCGAAACACUCUGUGGAGGUGCAGGUCAACGUCAUGUCUGAGAAUAUCCUCACAGGCGCCAAGAAACUGACCAACAAGGCAGCUUUAUGGUAUGUCCCCUUCUCCAUCCAGAACCUGGAGAAGAUUAUUAAAGUGCCUCCAAUCAAGUAUGCCAGUGUGGAACAGGAGGCGGAAGGGAAGAGGCGAUAUGAGGCCCAGAAGAUGGAGAGACUGGAGACCAAGGAGAGAAACGGAGAGCUGAGUCGUCCUGUUCCUGCCCCAGAUAGAACAACACAAGAGCCACACACUGUUGGAUUCAGCCAGUCUAGCCUGAUUCAUCUAGUGGGACCCUCUGACUGCACACUGCUAGGAUUUGUCCACGGAGGUGUGACUAUGAAGUUAAUGGACGAAGUGGCUGGUAUUGUGGCAGCUCGACACUGCAAGACCAACAUUGUCACUGCCUCUGUGGAUGCCAUCAACUUCCAUCGCAAGAUAAAAAAAGGCUGUGUGGUGACUGUGUCUGGUCAGAUGACGUUCACCAGCAACAAGUCCAUGGAGAUUGAGGUAUUUGUGGAUGCUGAUCCUCUGAUCGAGACGGAUGAGGGGAAGUAUCGCGCUGUCACAGCCUUCUUCACUUACAUCUCCCUGGACAAGGAGGGCAAGCCUUUACCCGUUCCCCCACUCAAGCUUGAAGGGGAGGAAGAGCAGAAGAGGUUUGAGGAAGGGAAAGAACGGUAUCUUCAGAACAAGACAAAGAGACUGGCAGGCAUAGAGAGAAAACAAUGACAUCACUCUCCACCAUGCUAGAAACCCCAGGAACACAGUAGCACCUUGCCAUUGCGUUCCUGUCUUAAAUAGCAAACCAAGAGAAAAACGUGUGACUUG